CUGCUGCUGCCUAUUGCACCGAUGUUUCGAUCAGUUUCGAAUUUCGAUAUUUUCAUACAGUUUCGAUAAAGUGAUCGUUCAAAAUGGAAGCAUCGUUAGAUCUUCGGUUUUUACUAACAUGAUAUUCUUAUAAAUUUAUGUGUUUACAAUUUGUAAUUCGUGCGAUUCUGUUAUUAUUUCAUAUCGGGUAAUUGUUCGUCGACAAAUUGUUCAUAAUGUGGCAUGUAUUGCUGUCAGUUUGUACCUUUAAAAUAGUGUGCAUAUUUGUUUUCAUCGUCUAUUGUGUCGUUACGUUUCUCCUGAUCGUGUAUAAAGCUCAAACGGAGGAGUUGAAAAAAUAUAUCGUACCCCAAGAAAAGAUCGUAGAAAUCGGGUUCCCGAUCGAAAUUCGCGAUAGCGUAGACGAUAAGUUAGAAGUGCUGACGGAAAAAUUAACAGAAAAAGAGCGGGCAUUACAAAAAUCGCAGUGCGAGAUAAAGAACGCGGAGAAGGUGUUGAGUGAUUUAGAAAAUAAAACGUCGUCGUGUCGUGAUCGAUAUCGUUCGUUGAUGAUGGAGUUGAAAAAGGACAUUCGAAAAACCGAAGAUGAGGUGAGAACGUUGCAGAACCAAAUUUCAAAUUUGUCAAUUCGCCGGGAAGCUCUUAGAACCGAAGUAUUGAAGCAACAAGAAGAUUAUCAAAAAAUGCUGAAUAACUUUUCCAAAGAGUUAGAAAACAAAAAGACACAGUUUUCUUCGGGCACAGAGAAGUCAAGACAUUCUCGCGUGAGUUGUUUCGUUUUACCAUGAACAAAAAAAUUCAUCGUCCUGUAUGUAUAGUAAUUGUUUUUAAUUAAACGUUCACAGUACUGUUUUUCGUAUUAAAGACAAUAAAAAUUAGAAUGGGUAAU